CGACCUAGACAAAGAAACAGAAAAUCAUCCAACAAUUGUGACCAUAUUCCUGCUUUUGUUCCAGAAGAAGAUUAAAUAAACUCCAUGGUUCUCUACAAAAAUUGGCCCAAGUAUUUUCAAAAAGGUCAAAGGAGUGUGAGAAUACCUUGAGGAUGAAGCUACCAUGUUUGAGGAGCUUCAUCACAAAUUCAUGAAAGACAAAGCUAUCUACAAGGUUUAAAAGACACCAAUUUAAAGUUUGAGGAGGACAGGGAGAGGUCUAUAUGCGAUAUGAGAAACUAAGGAAAAGGAGAACACAAUGAUAUCCAAACAAGAGAGCUUCUGUACACAAGAUCUUGCUCAAUUGGAAUAACGCUCAAGAAAAAAGAAGCGGGAUGACAAAAAUUUCAGCAUAUUGAGGAAAACUCUUGGCUAUUUUCUGGAUGAGUGAAAGAUUAACUUCUCUUCAUUUGACUCUAAAGACCAGUGGCUCAGUUAACAGAGCAUGGCUCAAUUGUGGUUGUUAGCAUUGCUCACAUUAUAGGAAGAAGAAAGGAGCUGAUUUUGGCUGGAUUCUUGUUUUGUUAGAGCCCUUGUGACUGCACUAGCACCAAUCUAUUCCUUCUGAUAAUUGGACAUGUUACUUAUGGGGUGGCUAAACUGGUAAGUAAGACUGAUCAUGAUUUAUUAGUGGCUGCCAGGAUUUAGUUUAUAAAUGUGCAUUUCAACAGGGAAGAUUCUUGAAAAUUAGUACAAGAGAAGAGAAUUUUCAUGAAGUUCAUGAUUGGAACACAUGCAGUUUCAGCCUUUCAGGUAUAUUUUUCCACUACAGUCGCAGAAGUAGAUUGAUGGUCACAACAAUCUUGGUAAAACUUGUAUCUAGUCUUGUAGGUUGCACAUGGACUUGAACAUAUUAAUGUCUUUUGCUUUCAGGAAAUAAGCUUGCAAAAAUAGAACAAGAGAAGAGAGAUGUCAUCAAAUUAGUGUGAAAGAAAUUAAAGUUUGUGAUUAAAUUUUGGAAGGAAGAAGAAAGGAGCCCUUGCCCUUGUGACUUCACUAGCACCAUUCUAUUCCGUUUGAUAAUUGGAAAUGUUACUUACGUGGUUAAACUGGUCCAGUUAUCCCGAUUUCUUUCACCCUCGCACUGUGAAAGACAAGGUCUCCAAGAGAAGAAAUGGGUCCUGCUUUCAAUUUUCAACUCCAGUUUUCAAGGUAUUGGGGAUCAAUACAACAUUUAGCAGCAGAGAACGACGUGGUUUUAGUAUGAGGAACAUGAAUGCAUCAAGGGAAGAUGCUUGAAAAUUAGUACAAGAGAAGAGAAUUUUCAUUAAGUUCAUGAUCGGAACAUAUGCAGUUUCAUUCUUGUAGGUUGCACAUGGACUUGAACAUGUUAAUGUCCUUUGCUUUCAGGGAAUAAUAAGCUUGCAAAAAUAUAACAAGAGAAGAGAGUUGUCAUCAAAUAAGUGCCAAAGCAAGAAUCGUUUGAAGAACUUGCAUCUCUAAAUUAUACGAUCAACAAGCUGGCCAUGAGUCGCGCUAAGCCUUUGCAUCCCACUUACAUGUAGUUACAGAGAGCUGCCAAGAACUGGAGCGAUUCAAAAGAACUUGAGUGAGCAGGUACGUACCAGAAAAAUCAGAGAUUACACUAGAUACGGAAACGAAGAGAAUAUAUUUAUGGUUCCUUG